CAUGAUCCGUAUCCGCAGUUGACUCAAGGUGGCGAGUCUGUUGAAGCAGCGCGCAACGAACGUGUGCCCAACCAGGCACAAUAAUGAUGCAGCGAUCUUCGCCAGGGAUGCAAUCGCCAGGGAUGCAACGCCAGCCAGCUAACAUGGCCGUUGGUGGAGGGGGCGCCACCUUCUACAACGUCGGCAUGCAGCUCUCUGAGGAGUUGGUGAACCAGCUUACUGUCGAGCACGCCACUGAAACGAAGGCGCUCUACAAGCAGAUCACGGCGAUGCGGGAGGAGUUGGGCCGCUGCGGCGAGCUCAUGCAGGGUUUCGUCGACCGGGAGAAGGCGAUUACGGAGAUGAUGCAGCAGCUCCAGCAGGCAUACGAGCAGACGUCGUCGAGCCUCGCAGACAUGCACGGCAAGUUCGGGGACAUGACGAACCACGGCAUGGCCAAGCCAGACCCCGUGAAGGACUCGGAGGUUGAGAUCCAGAGGAUCGGCCGCCUCCUCAGCUCGCCCGCCGUGCCGCCGCCGUCGGUGCCUCCGCACCUACAGCAGCUCGUGAAGAGCCCCAUCCAGCAGCGCUGAAGAGCCCGACGCCCAGCCGCCGAAGGACUACGGCUGCCCGUCGGCUCCACCCGCCCGUGCCGCCAUUGGCAGGCCGCGACGGCUGUUGAAGAGCCCCGUCGGCAAGCGCUGACGCCGAGCCGCAUCUGCGCCCGUGUAGUAUACACGGCUAUGCACGACAUCGCCGUGGUGUCAGCAGGCGCUCUCUGCCGAUCUUCUCGUGUGACACUCCGAGUGGACGCUGCAUUCGUCACGCUCUGAGUCGUGCGCACUGCCGAGAGAAUCCAUACUCUCAUUGCGCCGCAGCGUUAUCGCCAA